AUGGAUUCCAAGGAAUCUUUGAACAUUGAACAAAUCCGCAUCGUUGAUGACUACUCGGAUCCACCGCCUGCAUAUUCCCCCGCGCGUGCUUCAGUCGCGUCCUCAGAAGCGUCCCUCUGGACCAUCGAGCCGGACUUUCCCCCUGAGUUUACCAACGAUUCACGGGAGCUGGACUACUGCUUUGCGCCGGAAAAACACAGCAAGUUUAGCAUCAAUGCGGACAUCACGUCGCGCACGUCUGCUUUCAUCGAGGCGUUCAUGCGGCCGAGCACGCAGGCUCGGUUGGUGAGUGUAGGGUUGAAUCGCAGCGAGUCUGGAGGGAGUAGCAGCAGCGUUCCUUCAAGUGGUGAACCCCAAUCGGAAAGCCCUAACCCGCCACCACUGGACAUCGUGGUGAUGGUCGUCGAUGAAUCCAUUGACCCCUUCAUAAGCAUCGCAAAACAACUCCAGCAAGAUUCCCACCGGGUCCGGAUCGCUGCAGAUGUCUCAUACGCAUCGAGGGUACGAAGUCACGGACUGGACCUCUUCGCCAUCCCUCCGAUCACCUCAUCCCCACGAAGUUUCAGGACAGCCAAUGGUCAAACUCUCGACUCAGCCGAUAACCGAGCGAACCAUGUCCGCAACCUCCGCCAUUCCCUCUUUGAGGCAUACAAACGAUGCUGGCAAGCCUGCAUUGCGCCAUACCGGGACGACGCCCGCCCCUUCAUGGCGGACGCGAUCAUCGCCACCCCAACGGCGCAUGCCCACAUCCACUGCGCGGAACGUCUAUCGAUCCCGCUGCAGAUCAUGUCCGCGACACCGCAGAGCCCUACCAAAGCCUUCCCGCAUCCUAGAGCGCGUCUGGAUCCCAACGAGGAGAUCGAUCAGCCGACUGCCAACAUGUUGUCUUAUGCGUUAAUUGAGGAGUCGACGUGGCGUUUAAUCUUGGAGCCCCUCAACAUAUUCCGACGACAGGUUCUCGGGUUGAUGAGCAUUUCCCCAACUGUGGCGGGAAGGCUGAUAAUGGACCACGAGAUUCCACAUACGUACUUCUGCUCGAGGAUUCUGGUUCCGAAGCCGAGGGAUUGGGCGAUUAAUCAUGUCAUUCGGGAGAGUAUACUAAAUCGUGGGCUUCGGAUUGUUGUCUCUGAAGAGUGCCGGCACGUCUGUGCGAAGUUGAACAAUCCCAACGGUUACGUUGUCAACUCCAGUGCCAGCGACUGGCUACUCCCCAGAGUAUCUCUGGUCGUCCACAACGGGAGCAUAGACACCACGAAAAUGGCUUUACGGCAUGGCAAACCAAGCGUGGUCAUCGCACAGACCGACGACCACCUUUCAACCGGCCAAACCGUCGCGAAAAUCGGCGCCGCCGCCUCGCCACUACGCGCCAACGAGCUCACCUCCGAGUCCUUGGCCCAGGCGAUCGCCUUCUGCCUCCGCACCGACGUCCAACAGACCACCCGAGCCAUCCAGCGACAACUCCUCGACGAGGCCGGGGCCGCCAGCGCCAUCAAGUCCUUCUACCGCUGGCUGCCUCCGCAGGUCCACCCCUGCAGCAUGACCAAGCAGGACCUGGCCAUGUACCAGAUCUGGAACCGACCGUCGCAGACAAUCUCCCCGGAGGCGGCAGCCGUCCUGCUGCAGGAGCAACGCAUCAAGCUUACGGAUCUCGUGCUGAUCACGCGGUGCCCAUAUAACAUCCCAUCCACGCAACCCGCCUCCGAACGUCCGACCAAGGAUUACUGGGGGGGAAUCUCCCACGCCGCAAAGGACAUCGUCAGUGCCUCGGACCUGGUGAGCAAGGUCCCCGGGCUGCGGAAGAAGGGCCGACCCAACCUCGCGAAGGACGUCGGGGUGGGAACCGCCCGGUUCUUUGGGAACAUCGCUCUGCUUCCUUUUACCAGUACCGCGUUGGUGGUCAAUAGCGUUGCAUACGGGGUGAAGAGCGUGAAGGCACACAGGCAGAACCCCAGUCGCGAGGAAGAGCUCCCCGCCGAUGCAUUGGAUGCGACCCGGGAAAGGGGACCAGGCUCCUCAAAAGCAGAACAAGCAAGACGCGAUUCUCGGGGGGUAUCAUCUUCUACGAACCAGAUCCAGCUCAGGAACGAGGAGCACGUGGAGGCGAUCUGCCGGCGGCAUUUGGAUCGUGGGUUUCGGAACGACAAGAUCCAUAAUCUGGAGUUCAGGGGGAAUGUGGUUGAUGUUUUUGAAAGCGGUUGAGGGUGGGAAGGAGGGGCUGGCGUGAGGAGAUUCUGAGCAUGUUUGGGCAGUCUGUGUUGUAUUAUGUUUUGGAAUUGAUUAUCGAGAAGAUUGAAUGGGAAG